CCUAUCCAAUUUUAAGAUAAAAAGGAAGGAAAAUGCUAUAUUAUGUCAAAACUGUUUCCGGCCUCUACCGGCCUACUCUCCGCCGUUUCUCUCAUUUUCUCACCGUCCGUCACCCCAGCUUUUGCUGCUGUAGCCGUCGCGUUCCGUCGUCCAGAUCCAGCUGGACAUUUCCUCUCUUCCACCUUACCUUUGCCGACGGAUAAUAUGCGGAGGCACGGAAGAGCUUGUGUGGUGGUUCUAGGAGACAUUGGUCGCAGUCCUCGGAUUAUCCCCUCUUGUAUAGCCCAUCAUCAGAUGUACCAGAAAGGAAUUAUUGAGAGUUCUGAACCACAUGCUACAGUCCGAGAGAAUGGUUCUAUUCAUAUUCACACAAUGAAGCAAUGGCCGAAACUCCUUAAAGCUUGCCAAAGAUACUUUACCUGUUGACACUUUUGCUGAAGCCAAUCUUUCAAUUUGUUAUGCUGCUUCGGUUUCUUUGUAUUAAAGUUCCACACCCUGAUGUUUUAUUGUACAGGUGAGUUUUUAAAGUUUCAUUAGAGAGGUACCAUUUGUCUUAAUAGCCAAUUUUUUCUGUUGUGCAUAUGUGUGUGUGUAUUUGUGAGUGUAACUUUACUUGAAACAAGUUUAGUUAUCAUUUUUAAUUUGUGCAUAAUUUAGUGUUUGCUAGCUCUUAACUAUAAUAACCCAUUUUCUGAAAU